GGAGAGCAAAGUUUUUGCGCAGUAGUUUGGUUAAAACCCACCUGGUUUCACUGACUGACAGAAAGACACUAUAUUAAAUGCAUGAGGAUGGCUUACCUUUUUUUUUUUUUUUUUUUAACCCUCCAGAAGUUGUUACUUAGUGGCCACGUUUCUCGCCUACACGGUGUUCGCGGUCUGCCUCGGAGCUCCGUCAGCGCAGGCGUGGUGAGCGGAGCCGCAGGCAGGGGGCGGCAACAUGGCGGUGACAGCAGCAACAGCAGCAGCAUCGACACGGAGCCGCGCAUCCAGGAAAGCGGCACACACGCACAUCUACGCAGCUCCGUGAACGCAGCGCGUGUCAGUCAGCUCGGUUAACCGGCUGCCACCGACAGCACGCCGGGCUCACUCACUGGAACUCUCCGGAGUGGAUUUUACUGACAGAGCGUGCUUUUUUGUUUUGUUUUUUGUUUUUCUCCGGUGUUUAUUAUUAUUGUUUUUUCCUCUUAAUGCUCCAGAGCAGUGGUUAAAUAUAUUACACACACACAGGUAGAGAGAAAAAAAACAACAACAACGGGAAGCUUCUGGGGGAAAUGACAAGCGAGAGACCGGUGACAAUGCCGGGCUCUCUGUCGCUCUCGGACCGACAACCUCCUCCAGGUCACGGGCAACGCGCGGCCGCAGUGUCCGCUGCUGCCGGCGAGACGACGAUGAUGUCCGGCUCAGGUUCAGUGGUCCUCCCGGCUGGGAUUAUAAACCCGGCGCUUCCUAUCCGGAAUAUCAAGAUGAAAUUUGCUGUUCUCAUCGGACUGAUCCAGGUUGGAGAGGUUAGCAACCGGGAUAUUGUGGAAACGGUGCUGAAUUUGUUGGUAGGUGGCGAGUUUGAUCUGGAGACCAACUUCAUUAUCCAAGAUGCAGAAAGCAUCGGCUGCAUGGUGGAGCUGUUGGAGCACUGUGACAUCACCUGCCAGGCCGAAAUCUGGAGCAUGUUCACUGCCGUCCUUCGAAAAAGUGUCCGAAACCUGCAAACAAGCACCGAAGUGGGGCUCAUCCAGCAGGUGCUCCUCAAAAUGAGCUCAGUGGAGGACAUGAUUGCAGACUUGCUAGUGGAUAUGUUGGGAGUGCUUGCCAGCUACAGCAUCACCGUGAAGGAACUGAAGUUGCUGUUCAGCAUGCUGCGAGGAGAAGCUGGCCUCUGGCCGAGGCAUGCCGUCAAAAUGUUGUCGGUGCUGAAUCAAAUGCCCCAGAGACAUGGUCCAGAUGCCUUCUUCAACUUUCCUGGUCGCAGCGCAGCAGCAAUCGCUUUACCUCCUAUUGCAAAGUGGCCUUAUCAGAAUGGCUUUACAUUCAACACCUGGUUUCGAAUGGAUCCUUUAAAUAACAUCAAUGUUGACAAGGAUAAACCAUAUCUCUACUGUUUUCGCACUAGCAAAGGCAUCGGCUACUCUGCGCAUUUUGUUGGCAACUGCUUGAUUGUGACGUCUCUCAAGUCUAAAGGAAAAGGUUUCCAGCAUUGCGUGAAGUAUGAUUUUCAACCCAGGAAGUGGUACAUGAUCAGUAUAGUUCACGUCUACAGCCGCUGGAGGAACAGUGAAAUCAGAUGCUAUGUUAAUGGACAGCUCGUUUCUUAUGGAGACAUGGCAUGGCACGUCAACACAAAUGAUAGUUAUGAUAAGUGCUUCCUGGGGUCCUCCGAGACAGCCGAUGCAAACAGAGUAUUCUGCGGGCAGCUAGGGGCUGUCUACGUGUUCGGUGAGGCCCUCAAUCCCGCACAGAUAUUUGCAAUUCAUCAGCUCGGACCAGGCUAUAAGAGCACAUUUAAGUUCAAGUCAGAGAGCGAUAUCCACUUAGCAGAGCAUCACAAACAGGUAUUGUAUGAUGGCAAAUUAGCCAGCUCCAUCGCCUUUACCUACAACGCCAAGGCUACCGAUGCUCAGCUCUGCCUGGAGUCCUCGCCUCGAGAAAAUGCCUCCAUUUUUGUGCACUCACCGCACGCCCUUAUGCUACAGGAUGUGAAAGCCACAGUGACUCACUCCAUCCACAGUGCCAUCCACUCCAUUGGUGGCAUCCAGGUGCUUUUUCCCCUUUUUGCUCAGCUGGAUUAUCAUCAACUGAACGACAGCCAGGUGGAAACAACUGUGUGCGCCACUCUGCUGGCCUUUCUGGUUGAAUUGCUCAAGAGCUCUGUGGCCAUGCAGGAGCAGAUGCUGGGAGGAAAGGGCUUUUUGGUGAUUGGAUAUCUGUUAGAGAAGUCCUCACGUGCACACAUCACCAGGGCUGUAUUAGAGCAAUUCCUCUCCUUUGCAAAGUAUCUGGAUGGUCUGACACAUGGAGCUCCACUGCUGAAGCAGCUGUGUGACCACAUCCUGUUCAAUGCUGCCAUCUGGAUCCACACCCCCGCUAAGGUACAGCUCUCUCUGUACACGUACCUUUCUGCGGAGUUCAUUGGCACAGCAACCAUCUACAACACGAUUCGUCGAGUGGGCACAGUGCUUCAGCUCAUGCAUACGUUAAAGUACUACUACUGGGCCAUCAACCCUGCAGACAGCAGCGGCAUCACGCCAAAGGGUCUUGAUGGUCCAAGGCCAACCCAGAAAGAAAUAAUUUCUCUACGGGCAUUCAUGCUUCUCUUCCUCAAGCAACUAAUCCUGAAGGACCGAGGUGUGAAGGAGGACGAGCUACAGAGCAUCCUGAACUAUUUGUUAACAAUGCAUGAGGAUGAGAAUCUGCAUGAUGUGUUGCAGCUGGUGGUAGCCCUCAUGUCCGAACAUCCCGCCUCCAUGAUCCCUGCAUUUGACCAGAGAAACGGAAUACGGGUAAUCUACAAGCUCAUGGCCUCGAAGAGUGAGAGCAUUCGCGUACAAUCCCUUAAAGUCCUUGGAUACUUUCUGAAACAUUUGGGCCACAAGAGGAAGGUGGAGAUCAUGCACACACACAGCCUAUUUACUCUGCUGGGAGAGAGGCUCAUGCUACACACCAACACUGUGACUGUGACGACCUACAACACUCUUUACGAGAUUUUGAUAGAGCAGGUGUGCACACAGGUAGUUCACAAACCUCAUCCUGAGCCCGACUCUACUGUCAAAAUCCAGAACCCAAUGAUUCUCAAGGUGGUAGCAACUUUAUUGAAGAACUCCUCCCCCAGUACAGAGCUGAUGGAAGUUCGGCGACUCUUCCUUUCAGAUAUGAUCAAACUGUUCACCAACAGUCGAGAGAACAGACGGUGUCUACUUCAGUGCUCCGUCUGGCAGGACUGGAUGUUUUCUCUUGGCUACAUCAACCCUAAAAACUCUGAAGAACAGAAAAUCACUGAGAUGGUGUACAACAUCUUUCGCAUUCUGCUCUACCACGCCAUCAAGUAUGAGUGGGGAGGAUGGCGAGUGUGGGUGGACACGCUCUCCAUAGCCCACUCCAAGGUAACAUAUGAAGCACAUAAAGAGUACUUGGCUAAGAUGUAUGAAGAGUACCAGCGUCAGGAAGAGGAAAACAUUAAGAAAGGGAAGAAGGGUUUGGUCAGUACUAUCUCUGGUCUAUCUGCUCAGGCCUCUGGCAUUCAGGGUGUGAUCGAGAUCAGAGAAAUAGACGACAGCUCCCAGACACCAGAGAGUGAAACAGACUACGAGAGUGCUGACUCUCGAAACCUGCUGGCUGAAGGGAAGGUGAGUGAAGAAGGUUUCAAAGGAACAGAAGCUACAGUAGAUGGAGUCAGGGUCGAAGUUCAUGACCUUCUGGUGGAUAUCAAGGCGGAAAAGGUGGAGGCUACAGAGGUUAAGCUGGAUGACAUGGACUUGUCCUCUGAAACUUUGGGAGUAUCUGAGAACGGAGCGCUGGUGGAGGUGGAUUCUCUGUUGGAUAAUGUUUAUUGUGCUGCAGUGAAAAACAUUAACGGUAAUGUCAGCAGUGUGUUGUUGCCAAAGGGCAGUAUUGAUGACCAGAACGCAGCCCCUCUCAUUACGCUAGAUGACGACAAGGACAGCAUCCCUCACAGCAACAAUUUCCUGUUUGGAAAGACGACAGGCAGCAUUGAGGACAAGCUACUGCCUGAUCUCAAUCCAGCUCAGUCUCUGGUCCUUCCCAGCCCAGAGCUGCCAGUCCACAGCAGCGCCAGCAAUGAACUGGGCCUUCUAGCUCACAUGACGGGCAGCUCCUUACCCAGCAUCCUGGAGAAGGAUGAGUUUGAACUGCAGACAGUCCUGGAGGGCAUAAGCUCUGCGGCUGGUACUGAGGCUGAUACCUCCUCCAAAAGCCCAGAAGACACUGAGGGCAGAGCAGCAACAGAAUCUGAAGGGGACCCGUUGGAUGGUAAAACCGGCAAUGCAGCUGAUGCAACAAGCAACGUUUCAGACACCGAGAGAUCAGAUGAUGACAAAGACAGAGAGAUGAAGAAGAUUCAGACAACAGCCACCACACAGAGUCUGCAUGGACGCCUAGUCACUCAGAUGGAAAGGGACAUACGUGUGGACCUUGGCUUUAGGGGGACGCCCAUGACAGAGGAACAGCGACGUCAGUUCAGCCCUGGCCCGCGCACCACCAUGUUCCGCAUCCCAGAGUUUAAAUGGUCAGCCAUGCACCAGAGACUGCUCACUGACCUGCUGUUUGCUCUGGAGAGUGACGUCCAUGUCUGGAGGAGCCACUCCACUAAAUCUGUCAUGGACUUUGUUAAUAGUAAUGAGAACAUCAUUUUUGUCCACAACACCAUCCAUCUCAUCUCUCAAAUGGUAGACAACAUCAUUAUCGCUUGCGGAGGGAUUUUGCCCCUUCUCUCAGCGGCCACCUCUCCUUCUACGGAGUUAGAGAUCAUCGAGGCGACACAGGGCAUGUCCUCGGAGACGGCCAUCACUUUCCUGUCCCGACUCAUGGUUAUGGUAGAUGUCUUGGUGUUCUCAAGCUCCCUCAACUUCAGUGAGAUUGAGGCUGAAAAGAACAUGUCCUCCGGUGGCCUGAUGCGCCAGUGCCUCCGACUUGUGUGUUGUGUGGCUGUUAGGAACUGUUUAGAAUGCAGGCAGAGACACAGAGAAAGAGGAAAUUUGUCUUCCAUUCCCAACAACAAGACUCAGGAAAUCUUGCAAAAUGCUAUGACUUCCAGCAAGACAGCCAUAGAGACUGUCCCUAGUAACCUGUCUCCCAUCAAGGACCCAGAUCGCCUUCUGCAGGAUGUGGACAUCAAUCGACUUCGCGCUGUGGUGUUUCGUGAUGUGGAUGACAGUAAGCAAGCCCAGUUCCUGGCUUUAGCUGUGGUGUACUUCAUCUCUGUCCUCAUGGUCUCCAAAUACCGCGACAUUCUGGAGCCCCAACGUGAGACUGCCAGGAUAAGCAACCAGUCAGGCCUCAGCAUGCGUCAGGAGAUCAACUCACCAACCAGCACAGAAACACCCUCUGUAUUUGAAAGCACUAAGGGCCAUCUUCUGCCAUCAGAAGACCUCCAAAUGGGAAGCUCUCUUCCCCACACAGACUCUGGGAUCGGAGAGGAGCAAGUAGCCAGCGUCCUCAACGGCUCUGACCUGGACCACUGUGUGGGAGGACCAGGCGCCAUGAGCGAGCUCAUAUCUACACUGUCAUCAGAGGUGAAGAAGUCUCAGGAGAGCCUGUCCGGAUCCCCCAACGUGGACACCAUCAUCAGCACUAAUCAGCCCAACAAGGGCAUCAAUGUCAAGGAGAUUCUAAAGAGUCUGGUAGCAGCUCCAGUGGAGGGCAUGGAGGCUGGGCUGGAGCCUGUGUCCUACCCAGAUCUUGCUGCCAAGGCCCACGCCAUGCUGCCAAUGCAGUUUCACUCUUUUGACAGGAGUGUGGUGGUGCCUGUAAAGAAAACCUCCCCUGGCAGUCUAACAGUUAACAUACUGGGAGGCAGCAGCAGCAGCAGCACCUCUCCUGGCCUGACAGCUGGCAGCACCCCCAACAUCUUUGCUGCUGCUUCCGCGACCCCGAAAAGCAUGAUCAACACUACGGGAGCCACUGAUGCUGCAUCCUCGACCUCCUCUUCGUCCAGUUUUGUCAACGGAGCCACAAGUAAAAAUCUGCCGGCAGUGCAGACGGUAGCCCCCAUGCCUGAAGACACAGUAGAAAAUAUGAGUGCCUUUUGUGAAGUGGACCAGAAUCCACUACGUCAGAGACUGACUCCUCCCGAGCUCAAACCCUUUAGCUCCCUGACAGGAUUACAGGCAGCCUCCAGAGGUGCAGGCCAGUGUCUUAGCAUCACUACAAAGCUCGAAAGGGCCUUGGAGAAAGUGGCACCCCUGCUGCGAGAGAUCUUUGUGGACUUUGCACCUUUUCUGUCGCGCACCCUGCUGGGAAGCCACGGACAGGAGUUGCUCAUAGAAGGUCUAGUCUGUAUGAAGUCGAGCACCUCGGUGGUGGAACUUGUCAUGCUGCUUUGUUCUCAGGAGUGGCAGAACUCUAUUCAGAAGAAUGCUGGCUUGGCCUUCAUUGAGCUAAUAAAUGAAGGAAGGUUGCUUUGCCACGCCAUGAAGGACCACAUCGUUCGAGUUGCCAACGAGGCUGAAUUCAUCCUCAACAGACAGCGAGCAGAAGACGUCCACAAACACGCAGAGUUUGAGUCCAACUGUGCACAAUAUGCCGCUGACAGAAAAGAAGAGGAGAAGAUGUGUGACCACUUGAUCAGCGCUGCUAAACACAGAGAUCAUGUGACAGCCAACCAGUUAAAGCAGAAAAUCGUCAACAUCCUCACCAACAAGCACGGUGCCUGGGGGACGCUGGCCCAGAGCCAGCUGCAUGACUUCUGGCGUCUGGAUUAUUGGGAAGAUGACCUGCGGCGAAGGCGGAGAUUCGUCAGAAACCCCUUUGGCUCCACCCACUUAGACGUCAUGUGCAAGUCACUGCAGGACUAUGGCACAGACGAGGACAAGGUGGUCAAGUCUAAAACAGUCUUCCGCAGCCCAACUGUAGCCACUCAGAACCCUGAGAUAGAACUGAUGCUGGAGGGAGACGAAGAUGCCGUCAGCCUGCUGCAGGAGAAGGAGAUGGACAACCUGGGUGGCCCAGUGGUUCUGAGCAGCCCGGCCCAGCUCGUUGCCCCUGUCCUGGUGGCCCGCGGGACUCUGUCCAUCACCACCACUGAAAUCUACUUUGAGGUGGACGAGGAUGACCCUGCCUUCAAAAGGGUCGACUCAAAGGUCUUAGCAUACACUGAGGGUCUACAUGGGAAAUGGAUGUUCAGUGAGAUUCGGGCAGUCUUCUCCAGACGCUACCUCCUACAGAACACUGCAAUGGAGGUGUUUAUGGCCAACAGAACUUCGGUCAUGUUCAACUUUCCCGACCAGGCCACAGUAAAGAAAGUGGUCUACAGUCUUCCUCGAGUAGGAGUGGGCACCAGCUAUGGACUUCCACAAGCCAGGCGCAUCUCCCUUGCCACCCCCCGGCAGCUUUUCAAAUCUUCCAACAUGACCCAGCGCUGGCAGAGGAGGGAAAUCUCCAACUUUGAGUACCUCAUGUUUCUCAACACUAUAGCAGGGAGGACGUACAAUGACCUGAACCAGUACCCAGUCUUUCCUUGGGUCCUCACCAACUAUGACUCCGAGGAGCUCGACUUGACCUUGCCAGGGAACUUCAGAGAUCUUUCCAAGCCUGUUGGUGCAUUGAAUCCGAAGCGUGCAGCAUUCUACGCAGAACGCUACGAGACAUGGGAAGAUGACCAGACGCCACCUUGUCAUUAUAACUCCCACUAUUCCACCGCUGCAACCACCCUGCACUGGCUUGUCAGAAUAGAGCCCUUCACCACGUUCUUCCUCUGUGCCAAUAGCAACAAAUUCGACCACCCUGACCGCACAUUUUCAGGCAUUGCUCACUCCUGGAGAAACUGUCAGAGAGACACGUCUGAUGUAAAGGAACUGAUUCCUGAGUUCUACUACCUCCCAGAGAUGUUUGUCAACAGCAAUGGCUACCAUCUGGGGAUGAGGGAGGACAGGACCAUGGUUUGUGACGUGGACUUGCCAGCGUGGGCAAAGAAGCCUGAGGACCUUGUCAGGAUAAACAGGAUGGCCCUGGAAAGCGAGUUUGUGUCAUGUCAGCUGCAUCAGUGGAUUGACCUUAUUUUCGGCUACAAGCAGCGAGGCCCAGAGGCAGUGCGCGCCCUCAACGUCUUUCACUACCUGACUUACGAGGGCUCCGUCAACCUGGACAGUAUCACUGACCCUUUGCUCAGAGAGGCCACAGAGGCGCAGAUCCAGAGCUUUGGACAGACGCCAUCUCAGUUGCUUAUUGAGCCACAUCCUCCACGCAGCUCCGCCAUGCACCUGUGUUUCCUUCCACAGAGUCCGCUAAUGUUCAAGGACCAGAUGCAGCAGGAUGUCAUCAUGGUGUUGAAGUUUCCAUCGAAUUCACCCGUGACCCAUGUCGCCGCUAACACCCUGCCCCAUCUUACCAUACCUGCUGUGGUUACUGUCACCUGCAGCCGCCUAUUUGCUGUCAACCGAUGGCACAAUACUGUCGGUCUCCGAGGAGCACCAGGCUACUCUCUGGAACAAGCCCAUCACCUGCCCAUAGAGAUGGAUUCUCUGGUCGCCAACAAUACUGGAAGCAACAAGCGACAGAUCACAGACCUAGUGGACCAAAGCAUCCAAAUCACCACACACUGUUUUGUGGUGACAGCUGACAACCGCUACAUCCUGGUGUGUGGCUUCUGGGACAAGAGCUUCCGUGUGUACUCCUCUGAGACAGGCAAGCUCACACAGAUAGUUUUUGGCCAUUGGGAUGUGGUGACAUGUUUGGCUAGGUCAGAGUCAUACAUUGGUGGGGACUGCUACAUUGUCUCUGGGUCCAGGGAUGCGACCCUGCUGCUGUGGUACUGGAGUGGCCGACACCACAUCAUUGGUGACAACCCCAAUAACAGUGACUACCCAGCACCACGAGCAGUUCUGACCGGUCAUGACCAGGAAGUUGUGUGUGUAUCAGUCUGUGCAGAGCUGGGCCUAGUCAUCAGUGGAGCCAAAGAGGGUCCAUGCCUCGUCCAUACCAUCACAGGGGAUCUGUUGCGGGCUCUGGAGGUGCCUGACCAUUAUCAGUGUCCACGGCUCAUCACAGUGUCCAGCGAGGGUCACUGCAUCAUCUACUAUGAGAGGGGCCACUUCUGCAACUUCAGCAUUAAUGGAAAACUGCUGGCACAGAUGGAGGUCAACGAUUCCACCAGGGCAAUCCUCCUGAGCAGUGAUGGCCACAACCUUGUGACAGGUGGCGACAAUGGUGUGGUGGAGGUGUGGCAGGCUUGCGACUUCAAACAGCUCUACAUCUACCCAGGCUGCGACGCAGGCAUCCGAGCCAUGGACCUAUCACAUGAUCAAAGGACUUUGAUCACGGGAAUGGCCUCUGGCAGUAUAGUGGCGUUUAACAUAGAUUUCAACCGCUGGCACUACGAGCAUCAAAACAGGUACUGAAAAGACGGAUACACACAGCAGAAGGCUAGUGUGGAGGUUUCAGAGGAACACCUCCCAACCAGCGACUGAGCUGUGCUGCAGAGGAUCCAAAGAGCUUGGAGGAGAUCUAGUAAGCUGGAGAACAUGAGCAUGGCAAGGAACUUACUGUUAUGUGCAUUCACUUGGCCUCUGAGGUGAACAUGUUGCCAUUUUUCUGCUGCUAAACAAUCUGGACGCAUUGUUGGUUUUCAUGUCUUACCUGACCACCAGCUGAAGCAUUUCCCCAACUGAGUCAAUCAGGUCUGUUCUGGAUAAAGAGAGACUCAGAUCAACUUAAAUUAACACAAUUACAGUUACUACAACAUACUUAAUGUUCCUGUUUCAAACUGUGAAAAUAAAAAAAACAAUAAAUCCUGCAUUAGGAACAUUUGUACAACAUUUGUAUGGCCGUUACUUCGAACUGUUUUCUAGGGAAUAAAAAAAGUUAAACUGUAAAUAUGGACAGUCUAAAGUGUUUCUUCUCUGUAAAGGCUCAAAAAGAUCUAAAUGCUGUUAGACUAGCUACCAUGUCGUCAGCAUUUUCAUCAUGCAAGCCAUGUAUAAAUGUUGAAAUUGUCUUCAUUGCACUCCAGAUAUUAGUUGGUUAGUUACAUGUAUAUGGCCAUUGUUCGUUCAUUGUUAAACAGUGGUCAAAUGUAUGUGUAUGUGGAAAAAAAAGAAGUUAGUUUUUCAUUGUUAGUUUGCUGUGUUUGAAUGUGUAUAUGGAAGAAAAGUCUAAUUCAGUGUUAACUUAGUCCUUUGUGAAAAAUGUUUUUCAUCAUGUCAGCAAAAAGAAUAAAUCAUGAUAUCCUCAUGUUUCUUUUAAAUUCCGGACCAUGUUGCUGAUUGACAGCAAACACCCGAUUACUGUCCGACUGUAAACUGAUUAAAGUAGGACCUCCAUUCAUAUUUACAGAUAUUAUGUUGUUUCAGUUCCUUCCAAAAACAUAUCCAGAGGAUAAAAUAUCAGAUUUGUUGGAUAGUAUCUAAUGAUUGUUAAUGUGUUUGUGGUAAACCUGUUAGACAUUUUGUAAAAGGAAGUGCCAUUUUACAGAUGUUCAGCAAUUGCUGGCACUGCAAACAUUAAUACUGUUACUUGUGCAUCUCCCAUUUUUCAGUUGUCUUAUUUUACACAAAUGUUUGCUCAUCCGUUUUAAAAAUGUGAAUUCAUGAAAACCAGUUCAUGCUGUAACUUCAUGCAUUAGUAAGCAAUAUUAUGACUUGGUUGCUAAAAAGGACUAAGGAAAGUAUGUGACAAAAUUAUCAAAUGAACUAUUUUUGGGAUGAUAUGAAAGUUGUUAAGUCUACAUUUAAUUGCAGAAAUGAAAAGUCAGUGGUGUGAACUGUUGACUUAAAUGAACAAAAAUAUGCAAAUAGAGAUGGAGUUAGCAUUUAGAUUUUUUUUUUUAACAGGUGCUACAAGACACCAUCCAACCCAAAGUUGACAUUCUGCAUGCUGAGAAAUUCUGAAGGGUUUACUUUAGUUUCCCGAGAAAUAAUUUUCAUUGUGAAUUCAAGUUUGAGAGAAAUACGUUUAUUAAUGAUAUACUGAAAUUAAGCAAUGGGUUUUGAUUUCAUGUAAUAUAUUUUACUAUGUUUUGAUGUAUAUAUAUUUUAGUUGUAUUGCCACUUGUUUCUGCAUAUUUGAAGUAGGAAAUGUUUGGAGAUUGUGAUUACAUCAAAGUUGGUAACUGUAAAUUCAACUGCUUUCAUUUUUUGUUGUUUUUAAUAAAACUGAAUAAAUAUA